AUGGCCAAGAAGGAGGUACUCGUCUGCUAUGGCGUCGACAUUGACGCAGUUGCCGGCUGGCUGGGAUCGUACGGUGGCGAGGACAGCACCAGCGACAUUAGCAGAGGCAUCUGGGCCGGAACCGAGGGCACCCGCCGGCUGCUGAAGCUGUUUGACAAAUACAACAUCAAGGCCUCAUGGUUCAUCCCCGGACACACGCUUGAGACCUUUCCCGAGGAGUGUGCCAUGGUGCGCGACAGCGGCCACGAGAUCGGCCUCCACGGCUACAGCCACGAGAAUCCUGCCGACAUGACCUUUGAGCAACAGCGCGACGUCCUGGCCAAGACCUGGACCAUGCUAACCGAUUUCUGCGGCAAGCCGCCGCGCGGCAGCGUCGCCCCCUGGUGGGAGACCAGCGCCGAGGGCACUGAGCUGCUGCUGAGCUACGGUAUCGAGUAUGACCAUUCUAUGUCCCACCACGAUUGCCAGGCUUACUGGCUGCGUACCGGCGACACUUGGACCAAGAUCGACUACACAAAGAAGGCCGAAAAGUGGAUGAAGCCGCUCGUUAAGGGCAAGGAGACCGGCCUCGUUGAGAUCCCCGGCUCCUGGUACAUUGACGACCUGCCACCCAUGAUGUUCAUUAAGAAUUCUGCCAACUCCCAUGGCUGGGUCAACCCACGUGACAUUGAGGAUAUCUGGCGGGACCACUUUGACUACUUCUACCGCGAGUACGACGAGUUUAUCUUCCCCAUGACUAUCCACCCCGACGUCUCUGGUCGGCCCCAUGUCCUGUUGAUGCACGAGCGCAUCAUCGAGCACAUAAACAAGCACGAGGGCGUCCGGUGGGUCACAAUGGCCGAGAUGGCCGACCAUUUCAAGAGUAAAAACAAGCCGCCUGAGGGCGCUUUGAUGCCGGCCACGCCGGAGGAGGUGAUGAAGAAGUACGGCAAGCCAGCUGCAUGA